AUGAUUCUUACGUUUAAGUACCUAGUUAUUGUUAUUAUUGUUAUUAUUAUUAUUAUUAUUAUUAUUAUUAUUAUUAUUAUUAUUAUUAUUAUUAUUAUUAUUAUUAUUAUUAUUAUUAUUAUUACUACUACUACUACUACUACAACAGAGACAGAAGAAUAUAAAAGUGUGAUAUUUGAAUUCGGGUAUAAAGGAAAUAAUGAUGGUGAUGAUGUUCAGAAAAGAAAAGAAAAGAAGAAAAAAUUAAAGAAAAUUAAAUAA